AAGACGAUGACGUCAGCACGUGCCUGAGCCUGCCCGAAAAUGUUCUCCCGUGUUGUGGGGUUUCGGAGGAGCGCAAGACUUUACGAUGAAAUAAUACACGUUUGCCCGUGAAGAACACAACAGCAGAGCGCAUGGUUUUGAACUGAAGCCGUUCGCGUCUCCGUCGAGUGGUGAAGCCGCGUUUUUGGGCGACUCCGACGGGAAGUUUGUGUGAUCGUUUUCCCGGAGUGAUGUCGAAUCCUGGGACUCGGCGGAACGGGUCCAGCAUCAAAAUCCGACUGACAGUAUUAUGUGCCAAGAACCUCGCAAAGAAAGACUUCUUUCGUCUGCCAGACCCAUUUGCCAAGGUUGUGGUGGACGGAUCAGGUCAAUGUCACUCAACAGACACCGUGAAGAGCACACUGGACCCCAAAUGGAAUCAGCACUACGACCUCUACAUUGGAAAAACAGACUCCAUCACCAUCAGCAUAUGGAACCACAAGAAGAUCCAUAAACGACAGGGUGCAGGCUUCCUGGGCUGUAUACGACUCCUUUCUAAUGCCAUCAGUAGACUAAAAGACACAGGAUACCAGCGUCUAGAUCUAUGUAAGCUCAACCCCUCGGACAGCGACGCAGUGCGGGGCCACAUCGUAGUGAGCUUACAGACACGGGACCGCAUCGGCAGUGGAGGCCCUGUGGUGGACUGCAGAGGACUGUUGGAAAAUGAUGGGCCUGUGUUCGAAGGGUGUUUCAGCGAGGAGCCGCUGCCCUACUCCGACUCCACUGGUGCAGCGGGGGGUGGGAGCUGCCGGCUGGACUCCCCCAGCCAGGAGGGCCGCCUCCAGACGCAGCGUAUCCGAGGGCAGGACUCCCGAGGCCACGGCCACACGCCUCAGAACAGACCCCACGGGCACCAGCCGCCUGACCUGCCAGAAGGCUACGAGCAGCGGACGACGGUGCAAGGUCAGGUGUACUUCCUUCACACGCAAACGGGCGUGAGCACGUGGCACGACCCUCGGAUACCACGGGACCUGGCGAGCGUGAGCUGUGAGGAGCUUGGUCCGUUGCCAGUGGGCUGGGAGGUCCGAAGCACAGUGUCAGGUCGGAUCUACUUUGUGGACCACAACAACCGAACAACGCAGUUCACAGAUCCGCGCCUACACACGAUUAUCAGCCAGCAGUCCCAAGUGAAGGAGUCCUCCCAAGGUCCCCAGAUGGAUGUUGGGGGAGAGGAGGGUGUAGGCGGAGGAGUGGGAGGCGGUGGGGGGGAUGGCGACGUGGCCGCACGCUAUGAGAGAGACCUGGUCCACAAGUUGAAGCUGCUUCGCCACGAGCUGUCCUUACAGCAGCCGCAGGCAGGACACUGCCGCAUAGAGGUGUCCCGCGAGGAGAUCUUUGAGGAGUCUUAUCGACAAAUAAUGAAGAUGAGACCCAAAGACCUGAAGAAGCGUCUGAUGGUGAAGUUCAGGGGAGAGGAGGGACUUGACUACGGAGGCGUCGCCAGGGAGUGGCUGUACCUGCUGUGUCAUGAAAUGUUGAACCCCUACUACGGCCUGUUCCAGUACUCCACAGACAAUAUCUACACUCUGCAGAUCAACCCUGACUCCUCCAUCAAUCCUGACCACCUUUCAUAUUUCCACUUUGUGGGUCGUGUGAUGGGCCUGGCAGUGUUCCACGGUCACUACAUCAACGGCAGCUUCACGCUGCCUUUCUACAAACAGCUUUUAGGCAAACCCAUUCAGCUCAACGACCUGGAGACCACUGACCCGGAGUUGCACAAGAGCCUCGUCUGGAUAUUAGAGAAUGACAUCACUUCAGUCCUCGACCACACGUUCUGCGUGGAACACAAUGCGUUUGGGAAGUUUCUGCAGCAUGAGCUCAAACCUAAUGGACGUAAUAUCCCUGUCACUGAGGAGAACAAGAAGGAAUACGUAAGGCUGUAUGUGAACUGGAGGUUCAUGCGUGGAAUUGAAGCCCAGUUUCUGGCUCUUCAGAAGGGAUUCAGUGAGCUCAUCCCUCAGCACCUCCUCAAACCCUUUGACCAUAAAGAACUUGAGUUGAUCAUCGGUGGACUGGGGAAGAUCGACCUUGCGGACUGGAAGACAAACACUCGCCUAAAGCAUUGCACAAGUGAAAGCAACGUGGUGCGGUGGUUCUGGCAGGCGGUGGAGGCCUUCAGUGAAGAGAGGAGAGGACGCCUCCUGCAGUUUGUGACUGGCUCCACCCGGGUCCCACUACAGGGUUUCAAAGCGCUGCAGGGUUCUACAGGUUCUGCAGGACCAAGGCUCUUCACAAUCCAUUUGAUAGACGCCAACACGGAGAACCUACCCAAGGCUCACACAUGUUUUAACAGGAUAGACAUCCCUCCCUACGAGUCCUACGAGAAGCUUUAUGAAAAACUGCUGACGGCCGUGGAGGAGACCUGCGGCUUCGCUGUGGAGUGACCACCAGCAUUGACACAGUCACACUUACGCUUGCACUUGCAAUCAACUGUUUGACAUUUUCCACAUAUACACGCGUAUAAACAGAAUAUCGAGUAUACAGAGCGGCCAAGCAUCACAAACACACAACGUCUUGCCACCUCUGUGCCACCGAACUGGAGUCAAAUGAGAAAGCACAGCAGGAGCAUUUCAAAGAAAAAACAAAAAAAAUUUAAAGAGAAAGUAUUUACAAUUUUUUGCAAGUGUUUUGAAGAAGCAUUUUUAUUUUUCAGUUUUCACAACCUAUGAUGUCAUUCUUCAAAAUGUCUGACCACCGCAGCGACUUUGACUCGAAACACGCGAGUCCAGGGGCAGAAUCGGCCAAUCACGUACGAGCCCUUGAUCAGAGGAACAAGUUGGAGACUGAUUGACUUUGUCUAAUAAGCUGAUUGUCUGAUUAGUAUUCAUGCUUCAUGUUUAACCACUGUGUGUGUGUGUGUGUGUGUGUGUGCGUGCGUGUUUGAGGCAUGGCACCUGGUUACGCUGUAAAAAGGAUCAAAUGAGCCUGCUCCUCUGUUUGUAACCUUUUUGUCUCUUCCAUUUGUAUCUGUGACCACUCUGAUCUUGUUAUUUAUUACUAAGUGAUGUACUGACCAAGCUGCUAAACGCUCGACAGAGAGCCCACACUAAUCUCUUCAUCGCCCCUUUACCACAGUCGACGGGUCAAUUCACUUGCAAUUCAAGUUAUCCACAAAGUGGGUUUUUAUUGUAUUUUGUUACAUUUUAACAUUCAUAUUAUUGCUGAGAAAUACUCUUGUCCACGUAUGGAAACUUUUACUAGUGUGUUGGUGCUUGAAACACCAUGUUACAUGUAUUAAAGUGAAUGGGAGUGACUUUCACCUCCGUAAUUUUAACAUUUAACUCAACUUCAUGAGACGGUCUGACAGUUUGACCUGGGAUUUUUUUUUUUUUUAACAAAGUGGUGAGGAUGAAAAGAAGUUGAUUUCAGGAAUUCUUUGGUUGCAUGUGACCUAUAUAAUAAAAUCUCAAGUCUUUCCUUCAUGUUUCAUCAUCCGUUUCACAUACUUGUUUUAAAUUUUCGUGGUCCUGAUGUUUCUAUGCCUGUCUCUCUUCUCCGCAGCUUGAAUGUUUAGAACAGUAGUCACUGUCCUCAAGACCGCCAUGAAUGAACAAACUCUUAAUUCUCCAUAGAAGUGAAUGAAAUAAUAAAAACCUAAAUGUCGAGCGAAUAACGAGAAAAGGAUUGACUGACUGUUACGCAGUAUCGUUUCAAUCUGCUUUUUCUAGGUUUUCAGUUCACUGUGUAAUGGAUGCAAGAGUAUUGUAACUUACUAUGUACUAAACAUUUAUGAAAAUUACAUUGUAAAUAAGAUUAUAUUAAAAAAUUUAAAUUGAAAUUAC